GGCGUAGUGUAGGUCUAGUAAAGUAUAAGGAGGAGAGGCGCUUUGGCAUCGCCACUAACAUCAUCCACAGAGACGCACAGCAUCAUAACGGGCUUUUUAGUUGACUUUCUUUUUUUUUUUAUAUAAACCGGGGAGGCGGCUUCUUUCUUCCAAAGGAGAGGUGCACUGGCUGCCGGAGGAGCGCUCUUCUUCACCAUCUCCUCUCCGGGGGUGUGUUUACUUGUCGCCUUUAGCAUCAAGACAAGGGCUGCUAACGCUAGCUUGGAAGGAACAAAAACUGUAGACCACAACAUCCUGUAAAAGUACGACAACCCGAGUACGGGUUGAUAAGCCCAUGUGAUGCACUGCUAGUGAAUUAGACCAGGCGGCGGAUACCACAGCUUCCAACCAGACAGCAAACCAAAGCAGAGCAUUUCUAGAAUUUUCACUCCAUUUUUACCGUGUUCCACCCAAGAAGUCUUUUUUCCCCCCCACUCAUGAAUAAUGGGUCGAAUGGAGGUGGCCGAUAUUGCCGUCGUAGCACUGUACUUCAUCCUGGUGCUCGUCAUCGGCUUUUUCGCCAUGUGGAAAGCCAACCGCAGCACCGUGAGCGGAUACUUCCUGGCCGGACGCUCCAUGACGUGGAUCGUGAUCGGCGCGUCGCUCUUUGUGAGUAACAUCGGCAGCGAACACUUCAUCGGGCUGGCCGGAUCCGGAGCAGCCAGCGGGUUUGCCGUGGGAGCGUGGGAGUUCAACGCCCUCCUGCUUCUGCAGCUGCUGGGCUGGGUCUUCAUCCCCGUGUACAUCCACUCGGGGGUCUUCACCAUGCCCGAGUACCUGUCCAAGCGCUACGGCGGGAACCGACUCAAGGUCUACUUUGCCUUCCUGUCUGUGCUCCUCUACAUUUUCACCAAGUUGUCUGUGGACUUGUACGCCGGCGCACUCUUCAUCCAGGAGUCCCUCGGGUGGAACCUCUACGUGUCCAUAGUCCUGCUCAUCAGCAUGACCGCCCUGCUCACCGUCACCGGCGGACUGGUGGCGGUUUUGUACACGGACGCCCUCCAGGCGGUAUUGAUGAUCGGCGGAGCCUUAACGCUAACCAUCAUCAGCCUUAUUAAAGUGGGCGGACUAGAAGGUGUGAGAACUAAGUACAUGGAGGCCAUCCCCAAUGUGACUGCCAUCGUGGCUGCUGGGAACUACACCUACUCCCCCUCCUGCCACAUCCAUCCCAAACCCGACUCGCUGCGCAUCCUUCGCGGCCCUUUGGAUGAGGACAUUCCCUGGCCCGGGUUCAUUCUGGGCCAAACCCCUGCCUCCAUCUGGUACUGGUGUGCCGACCAGGUCAUCGUCCAGAGAGUGCUCGCGGCAAAGAACAUUGCCCACGCUAAGUGCUCCACACUCAUGGCAGGGUUCCUCAAGAUCCUUCCCAUGUUUGUCAUUGUCAUCCCAGGCAUGAUCUCCCGGAUCUUGUUUGCGGACGAGAUCGCUUGUAUCGGACCCGAGCACUGCAUGGCCGUGUGCGGCUCUCAGGCGGGCUGCUCCAACAUCGCAUAUCCUCGUCUGGUCAUGGCGGUGAUGCCCGUGGGACUCAGGGGCCUCAUGAUGGCAGUCAUGAUCGCUGCCCUGAUGAGUGAUCUGGACUCCAUCUUUAACAGCGCGAGCACCAUCUUCACGCUGGACAUCUACCAGACUGCUCGGAAGACGGCGUCCCAACGUGAACUGCUCCUGGUGGGCCGCAUGUUUGUGGUCUUAAUGGUGGUCAUCAGCAUCGCUUGGGUUCCUGUCAUCAUCGAGAUGCAAGGCGGCCAGACGUAUCUUUACAUCCAGGAGGUCGCUGGCUACCUCACUCCGCCAAUCGCUGCCCUUUUCCUUCUUGGCGUCUUCUGGAAACGCUGCAACGAGAAAGGGGCGUUCUGGGGAGGCAUGACCGGGUUCACUCUGGGGACCAUACGACUCAUCUUGGCUUUUAUCUACCGACAGCCUCGUUGUGACCAGCCGGACACCCGCCCUUGGUUCAUCAUCAACAUCCACUACAUGUACGUGGCGGCGGGUCUCUUCUGGAUCUCGGGACUGGUGGCGGUGGUGGUCAGUCUUCUCACUUCUCCGCCGGAUGAGGAGCAGGUCCGCACCACAACGGUGUGGGGGCUACGCCACGUGGAAAAGGUGGCCAGCAAGGAUCGAGAGCAGAUGUACAGGCUGACGGAGAAGAGCCGCUGCAACGGCGACGGCGGCCUGCACAAAGAUUUACCCGCCGAUGUCAAAAAGGAGCGAUGUCUGGACGGAGCCGAUCUCAAACUCCUGGUCCCUUCCACAGACCACGACCCAGCGACCCCCAGCACCGAGGCGUCCCCUGCCACCACCCCGGCAGACAGAUUCGGCAACGGGCAAGUCGAGAUGGAUGAAGAACGCGGCGGCGACGGCGGCGGCGGCAGCGAGACCAGCCGCUGCAUUCGUGCGCUGGACUGGUUUUGUGGCUACAAGGAACCGUCGCAGAACACUCAGGACAAACUCUCCCAGGAGGACACGAGCGUCAUAGCGGAGAUGCUGCACGAGCCCCCUCGGGUCAAACUCCUGCUUAACUUGGGCUUGCUGUUGGUCUGCUCCGUGGGCGUCUUCAUGUUCGUCUUUUUCUCACUUUAAUCAAAUAACCGGUGGGGGGGCUUCUAGGAAGGAAAACGGAGGAGAAAGCAGGGGGGUCAGGAGGUGUCCUGUUACAAACAGAUGAAUUUAUUAUAUAGCUUUGAGAAGCUCUGUCUGUAAUAUUUACAGUUGUCUUUUGUAGCUCUCUAACAGGGAUCUAAGCUUAUUCUAAUCAUUUUUUUUGGAAUGAUUAAAGCUUCCCCACCAACAACAACAACAACGUACCAAUUUUUUGGAGGACUUUACUCGGCACUUGCCUGUUCAUUUUGUACAGCUCUCGUUGUUGUUAAUCCUGCACUCUGAACAUCUACUGGGAUUUUUAGAAAUCAAUUGAAUAUUUGCCUUAUUUGACAUAUGCACUUCUUUCUUUUUUUUGUGUCUUGUAUUGUCGUGACAAACGUUCUGUGAUUAAUUUGUUCCUUCUGGUUUGACAGUGACUGUAAGCUUAGGUUCUGCUGUAGCAUCCGUACAUUUGUGGUAUGAUUAGUCGGGGUGUAACGGUACAUGUAUUCGUCAUCAAGAUUUUUCGGUAUGGUACAGAGGAUGAUCCGGUUUCUACGCAGAUCACAUUCACAUGAGGCUAGCGGGAGUCAUAUAGCUAGUGAUAAAGUCUCCUGUUUGGGAACACCUUGCCUUCCCGGUGAAAUACGUCAAGGGGCAACGACAAGCGCAUGAAAGGAAAGUAGUAUCGUUCGGUAGCGAUCAGGACCGAGCGCUACAAGACAAAUAAACUGAACCAUUACCAUUUAAGCUGUUUACACAAAAGCUGAGCAGGUUUUUCACUCUCGUACUAUACCGAAAAUGAAAGUGAAGCGAGGUACCGUGGUGGCCUCCCGUUAUACCCCAAAUGAUAAGGCCACCAAAGUUGCGUUCUCAAGUUCAUGCUGCUUAGAGCUUCCAUUAGUAGGGGCGGUCCCUUUUUCCGUACUUCAGCCUGGAUGUUUUGACUUGGUGUAUUUCACAAACCAACCAUCUCUUCUGUUUAAGGGACCAUCAUGACGUUUGAAUCACCCCGUAGUGCAAUUACUAUUCAGUUUGGAUGUCAUCUUCUGGACAUUUUUCUUUUCUUAAAAUGGAAAGAAGCACAAAACUAGAAUUUGAGAUAUUGAGUUUAUACAUCGUGUGGUACUUCUUUAUCUGUUUGUGUUGUUAAUGGUCUGUAUUAUUAUUUUCCAUUGUUAUGUGUUACAUUUGAAAACCAACAAAAAGCUUUUUCUUAUGCACUGCUAUAGCAUCAUAACAAAAAAAACAAAACAAUACUCAUGAUUGUGUACCCAUCUAUAUUUUCUGCAUAUCACGAGUGGUGCGUUUAGAUGAGUUAUUAUGUCUGCUACAUAAUUCCUGACUCCUAUCAUAUACCGAGUGUAUCUACUGUGUCCGGAUGUACGUUCAAUGCACUGCGGUGCUCCAUUAUCAUUUCAAGUGCAUCUUUUUAUACCACCUUUUACCAAAUGUGUCUUAGUGUGACUUGCUAGACUGAAAAAUAAGCUUAUAUAUAUAUAUAUAUAUAUGUUUAUAUAUAUAUAUAUUACAGAUAUGUGUGCAGUGACAUUUUGUUUAAGCCAUCUGAUUAAAUCUAGAAUUGCCGUGUUGUAGAUUUCCAUUUAGCUGCCUAUUAAUAAUAAAAGCACCAGUUAUUUGAAUGGAACCAGUUCAUUGUUUCCAUGCGAGACAAAAAAAAAACGAGUAAUAAAGAAUCAUUGUCGUUAUUAUUAUUGUAUUUUGUGACAGUGUUCAAUUGUUUUUUUUUU